AUCGUCAUGGAGUGGAUAAGAAGCUCAUCAUCACUGUCAGCUCUCAUGUCAUCAUCGGGCAUUGGCAAUCGCCCAUCCAACACCAACAACCCGAUCCGUCAUUUGCGAGAGAAACAGAGGCGGAUCAAGGAGCGUCAAUGCAAGGAGGGCGUACUACUGGCCGAAGAUCAGAGCGAAUGCAACGAGCUGUUUGGUAUCAACGGCACGUCACAUCAACAACCGGCUAGUAUUGGAAAAGACCCACCGGAGGAUGGACGAGGCCGGACGUCCGGCGGACCCGAUUGGAGCGAAACGCUUUACGACCUUUACAACAAGAGCAUAUCACAAUACAACAGCACAUUCCACGCGGACGACAAUCUAACGCUGCCCCUUUGCGGCGAUAAUUUCACAGUGCCCGGCAAUCACUUGGACUGGGCUUCGGGACUGAACGGCACCACCCCUCAAUGGAUGACGCCGGUAGGAUGUCGCAACGGCUCAUCGGAGGCAAUCGAUAUAACGGCAGCGGUACCCCCGAUGCCGUUCGAAAUGUGGCAGAGCAUCUGCAUCAUCAUCUGCCUCGGCAUUUGCAUCGUCCUGACCGUUGGCGGCAACAUCCUCGUCCUCUUGGCGUUCAUCGUCGAGCGGACGAUCCGCCAGCCGAGCAAUUACUUUAUCGCCUCCUUGGCGGCCACCGACGUCCUCAUCGGGACCGUCUCCAUGCCGUUCUACACCGUCUACGUCAUCAUGGGCUACUGGGACCUCGGCCCGAUCCUCUGCGACCUCUGGCUCUCCGUCGACUACACCGUCUGCCUCGUCUCGCAGUACACCGUCCUCCUCAUCACCAUCGACCGGUUCUGUUCGGUGAAAAUAGCGGCCCAGUACCGCAGUUGGCGCACAAAGACAAAGCUCCUCUGGAUGGUGGCCAUCACGUGGAUCAUACCGGCCCUGCUCUUCUUCAUCUCCAUCUUCGGAUGGGAGCACUUCAUCGGAUUCAGGGAUCUUGGGCCGGGCGAGUGCACCGUCCAGUUCCUCAAGGAUCCCGUCUUCAACACGGCCCUCAUCAUCGGCUACUACUGGACAACUCUUGUCGUCCUCUUCAUCCUCUACGGAGGCAUCUACAAGACGGCCUACGACAUGCAGAAGAAAUCAGAAGCCAAACACAAGAAGAUGCAGUCCAUGGUGGCGCUAUCUGUUGGCGGCAUGGCGGGAAUGGCUGCCGCCACUACUGGAACGGCCAAACCAGCCGGACAAACUGCUGGAACUAAGUCGGUCACUAUCGCUCCAUCGGCUUCAACUUCCACUAUGACAAAAAUUCCGCCAGCCAAUACGACAAAUAACGCAAAAUCAACGGUCCCGGCUUCUGCUGCUAACCCAUCGACGGUAACCACGGCAAUGUCAAACAACAAUCCGGCGCUUCCGGCUCAAUCGAGAGCCAACAUCGUCCCUACGGGUUCGGCGAAUAAUGCAAAGGACGCAAUGAACGGUGCGUCUGCUGGAUCAAACAACAAAAAUCAACAAAGCAGGAGGUCUGGAACUAAAACGGAGACGACAAGUUUCACGACCAAGCAGGUCAAUAAAAUCGGAAAACAAGUGACGGAGAUGGAACGAUCUUCUUCGCCGGCCUUCGAUUCCGACGAGGAACAGUCGUCGCAAGUUCCAGUGGCCAAAAGUCGGCCAUCGCCUACUGUAAUGGCUGCCGGAACGGCUACCAUCGCUUCGACUGUCGCCAUUCCGCGACUCGAUCCUCCACCGCCAUCCAGUCGAGUCAAAACGCCGACCACCGAAGCCCUUCCUCGCAUUCCGGAAGUAUCGCCAUCCAGCCUGGCCAAACCCAUCAACAACAAAACGACGGGCCAAACAGACGCCGUCAGAUCCAGUUCGCCGACGGAUCUCGUUUUACCACCACCGCCCCAACAGUCGCACGAAAAUGUCGAAAUUGAAAUGGAAUCGAACGUUGAUUUAUUCCCGCCGAUAGAAACUAUACCGCCACCUAUCGCUGGCCAGUCGGGAGGCGACGCCGUUGAAACGAUGGACACGGCCGAUCUUUGUUACAUGGACGAAAGCUCCGUCGUGGUGGCCUCUCCAAAAAUUGAAUCGAGUCACGAUCACAGUUCGGGACUGACAGUGGCUAACGAAUCCAUCGCUAAUUCAACCGACUCGUUGGGUUUACCCCUGGCUCAGCCACCGCCAAAACCUGCGCCAGCCCCUAGCGUUACAUUCGCACCGACGCCAGGCGCAAACGGAGCAAACGAUGAGAAUUCGUCCGGUUCAAGUAGCGGAACGAGUGGAGGUGCGCCGUUGAAAACAAAUGGCAAACCUCCAGCGCAACAACAACAACAACAGAAACAACAAUUAUUGGACGGCAUCGUUAAAGAUUCCGUGGCGACAACAACAGAGACGAUGACAUCGACCGUGUCGACGGCGGAUGCUACCGUCAAGACCCCAACGGCUACAAAGGCCGAUCUGGUGCGUUCCAUCGGCAAGCGAAUAAAAGGACGGCGGAAAAAGGCGGCGGGCGAAGAGCGUCAGAAAUCGAAAUCAGAGAACCGGGCGCGCAAAGCGUUGCGGACGAUUUCGUUUAUUUUGGGGGCGUUCGUCGCCUGUUGGACACCGUAUCACAUAUUGGCGCUAGUUGAGGGCUUUUGUGCCAAACCUCCGUGCACCAAUAGCCAUCUUUACAUGUUCUCCUAUUUCCUGUGCUACGCCAAUAGCCCGAUGAACCCCUUCUGCUACGCGCUGGCCAAUCAGCAGUUCAAAAAGACAUUUAUGCGCAUCUUGCGGGGCGAUCUUCACAUGACUUAGAAAUUUGAAAGAAACUAUUCCAAUUAUCAGUGUCACCCCGCUAAUUUUUUAUAAAACUAUUCAUAGCAAAAUUCUAUUCACGCUGCAAGUCGCAAAUUGUUGUAAUUUGUUAAAAAUGAUGAUCCUAGUGUUCCCAUCACCUUCGUAAAAAAAAAGACGUAAGGUGUAAACAUGCUUCCAAACUCGACUCUCGUAGUCGAUAUCGUGUGUGUAACUCAGCUAUAAAUCAUAUAGUAUAUUCUGCUUUCGGAAAAAAAAACGAUGGGGCUAUAUACUACAUGUACAUUACGUAUAUACAGCAAUUCCUUAUUUAUACAAAAAAAAAAAAAAAAAAAAAAAAAAAAGAAAACGUGGAUUUGGAGGGGAUUUUCGUGUCAUAGCGUUCGCAUCAAAAAGCUGGAAAACAAACAUAAAAUGUUCGAUCCCAUUUUUCCCUGCAGCCUGCUAUGCUAUACUUAGAAAUUUUUAAUUUCAACGCCCUUUCCAAAGAAAAAAAAAGAAUAAAAAGGCUAUAACAAAAAACAAGAUGGACAUCAACAUGUUAGAAAAUAUCAUUCGCAUACAUUGUAAGACCCACCCGCUUUCGCCAUUCACCAUGAAAAACGCAAGAAAAAAAAAAGAUCCCAAUGAAAUUAGAGCUCCCAUUUGUUUCUGUCUUGAACGUAUACUGUCAUCAAUAUAAUAUGAUACAAUAAUAUUAUUAUGCAGUAUACCAUAGAGUAUAUCCAUAUAGCCGGAAUAUUCUUUCAAUGUGAUGGAUGUAUGCAUAUGCAUGUCCACCCUUUUCCCUCCCCACAAUCUCUCAAUAUAUUUCGCGUGAUCCGAUAGUUAGUUGGCUAUAUUACCAUAGUCGUCGCAUACUCCUUCAUCACCCUGAUUCCUACCCUUCUACUUCCUCAAUCUUUUCCGGCGCAUCCAACCUCAAUCGGAUUUCCAAUUCCUUCCAUAUUCGUUCUGUUCCGGGAAUCUUCUCUAUCAUUAUGAACCCACCCACCCCCUUCUCACACCAUCCCUUUUGGCUAUAGGCUAUAUUAAAGUGUAAGAUGUACAAUCCCUCCCCCCUCCCCCCCCCCCAGGAAUUGGGUGUAGAUGGCACCGUUUGUCAUCAUCAUAAUAUCCAUCAUCAAUCACUGGCCCAACUGAAUAAUGUUCGUUUCGUUGUUUCUAUAUGAUAUCUUGGGAAAACGUGUGGAAUUGUCAAAUGAAAUGCAAAUGAGGAAGACGG